AUGCGUCCGAGGGCAAGCCAGAGAAAAGCGGAGAGAAUCACCAUCAAUGACAUAACAGACCAGGUCGCAUAUGAUAGGCACAGUCUGUUAUUGAGAGGGCAGAGAGUAUUCCUGCAUUCCGGUGAAUUCCAUACGUUUCGGCUCCCUGUACCCUCUCUUUGGCCAGACAUCAUGCAAAAGUUCAAGGCUGCGGGUUUGAAUGCCGUCAGCCUAUACACCCAUAUGGGGAUCAUCAAUCCAUCCAGAGGUGUACUGGACUUUGGUGACUGGCGUGCGUUGAAGCCAUUCUACGAGGCGGCGUUGGAUGCAGGUUUAUGGGUUGUACUUCGUCCCGCAGGAGGAAUUGCUCAUUGGGCUACAUCGGAAGUGUCUGGAAAACUGAGAACCAAUGCGACCGACUGGAGAGACGCGUGGACCGAAUAUAUCAAAGGUAUAAUUGAGGAGUCAGCCCCGUAUCAGAUCACUCGAGGUGGACCUGUCAUCGAUAACGAAUAUGAACAAUGGCUUGGUGCUGAAUAUUUCGAAGAUCUCAAAGCGGUGUACCAUAAUUCAACCAUCGUCGUACCGUUGACGUACAACGAUCCUGGACCACGCUCCAAUUUUAUCAAUGGCACUGGUGCUGUGGACCUUUAUGGAUUGGACGGAUACCCGCAGAGAUUCGAUUGUUCGAAUCCCUUGGUCUGGAACCCAGUUCCUUUGACUUAUUACGACUAUCACAUGUCUGUCAACCCAUCUCAGCCGUGGUAUAUUCCUGAAUUUCAAGCUGGGUCCUACGACGCCUGGGGUCCUGCGCCUGGGUAUGAUCCGUGUGCGGUCUUGACAGGGCCGGAUUUUAUGUCGGUCUUCAAUCGCCACCUCUGGGCUAGCAACGCAAAAUUGAUCAACUAUUACAUGCUAUAUGGCGGCACAUCAUGGGGAGCCAUCCCAUUCCCUGGGGUCUAUACUUCAUAUGAUUACGGGGCGGCUAUCAGCGAGGACCGAACACUGACAUCCAAGUACGAUGAGCUGAAACUACAGAGCAUCUUCAUAAGGAGUUCUCCAGGCUUCUACAAGACUGACCGCGUGGCUGAUACUUCCACUGGUCUUGACAUAUCCACGUCUCCGGACGUGUUUAUGACUUUACUAGUCAAUCCCGAUACGAAAGCGGGUUUCUACAUCGCAAGGCACAAUGACUCUUCUUCCACUGCUAAUACGGACUUCAAACUGACGGUGGCGACCAUUGAAGGAGAGCUGGAGUUACCUCUAGUCGCCUCCGCUAUAACACUUGGUGGACGUCAAUCAAAGGUGAUCGUCACGGAUUACAGUUUCGGCUCAAGGGUUCAGUACUCCACGGCGCAAGUAUUCUUUGCCGGUGUCAUUGACGGCCGUGAUGUUUUGUUCCUAUACGGCGAUUCAUCCCAGGGACAUGAAGCGGCCAUCUACUUUACGGGGACUCCCAACCAGCUGCACCUGAGGUCACCAUUGGUGUCCAUUGAAUCGAGGUCUAAAGGAGCUACCAUCGUCGUCUUCCUUCCUGGAAUCCAAGGGCUGGUGACGCUGUAUGAUUCUGACACGCAGCUUGUGCUGUUCGGUGAUACAGAGACAGCAGGGACUUUUUGGUCGCCAGUUAUCGCAGGCGACGAAGCUGAUCCUCUGAGGAACUUUUGGGGUCUCGGCACCAACACGUCUAUUCUCAUCGGAGGACCGUACCUGGUCCGCUCUGCGAGUAUAACGGGGACGGAGCUGGCAUUGAGAGGCGAUCUCAGUGAAGGCGCAAGAUUGACCGUCAUCGCACCGAAUCGCAUCCGGUCCAUCAGCUGGAACGGGGAGCUUAUUUCUGGUGACUUGGCGUCCGUCGGCGGAUUUGUCGGGCAACUGGAACUCGGGACUGGGUUCGGUGGGAUUAAAGUGCCGGAACUGAAGGAUUGGAAGUAUAAAGAUAGCUUACCUGAGAUUGGACGGCGGUUCGAUGACGGGACGUGGGCUGUGGCGAACCAUACGUCGACGAAUAUCCCUCUCAAGCCGUACUAUGGCGAUGGUAGGGUGCUGUAUGGGUGUGAUUAUGGAUUUUGUGAGAAUAUUGUACUAUGGAGAGGUCAUUUCGUCGCGAGUGGGGCGGAGAAGAGCGUGAAUCUAUCGAUCAAUGGGGGAGAAGUGCGUGAUUCUGUUUUCGUCUUCCUUGGUCCCACACUUGAAUGUUUUGGCAGCUCAACGAACAACCUCAACAUCUUGGAAGAGACGGACGACGUCUUUGUGUUUCCUGAAGGGUCGCUUAGCCUUGGUCAAGAUAAUGUCAUUACGAUCGUUCAGGAUAACAUGGGCUUGAACGAGACAGAAGGAUGCAAGGUGUUUCACCGUUCGAAUCUGUUCCCUACUAACAAACGUUUUUUUCCAUUAGCCAACACCGACAGCUCGAAAGGUCCACGUGGCGUUCGGGGCUUUCAGCUGAACAGUGGCACUUUUUCAGAGUGGAAAGUUCAGGGCAAGAUUGGAGGAUAUGCAAACUUCCCCGAUAAAGUCCGCGGGAUUUUCAAUGAAGGCGGGCUUUUCGGAGAACGGGCGGGAUGGCAUCUUCCUGGGUUUGACACGUCGUCUUGGGGGUCUAGAGAACUUUCUAGUGGGCUGCCGGGCUCGGCCGCCGGAGUUGGGUUCUUUGUGACGACUUUUGAGCUGGACAUUCCGGCGGGGUAUGACGUGCCUAUGUCAUUCGUGUUCGACGAACCGCUGGGGCAAGCGUAUCGGGUGUACCUGUUUGUGAAUGGGUGGAUGAUGGGGAAGAGGGUCGGGAAUCUUGGGCCGCAGAGUAAGUUUCCUGUGCAUCAGGGGAUACUGGAUUAUCAGGGGGAAAAUACUGUUGCCGUUGCGCUUUGGGCGAUGGAGGAGGGUGGUUUUGUUAGGCUGCUUCUUCGGCUUGCGAUUGAUGGGGUGUUUGAGGGCGGGGUUGGUCAUGUUGCGAUGAACAAUCCGGGUUGGGCUCCGCGAGGGAGGCUGUUGUGA